UUUGGUUUAUGGAUAAUGAACGUCAUGUAUAUUGCAGUAAAAUGGGGAAGACCGCUGGUGGGACAUCAGUAAAGAAAACAGUUAAAUCACAAAAUCAACCAGGGCAUUCCAGCAAGAAAAAGGGAACAGAUAUAGAAGGAAGAAAACAAGGUCAUAAAGGAAAGGUCACUCAGACAGUCAAAAGGAAAGCUGAGGAAGACAGCGACUAUUCCCCUGCAAGAGAAAAAGUUUUUUCAAAAAAAGUGAAGCUAACCAGUGCUAAAAUAGGAUCUUGGAAGACUCUCUCAGAGAACAGUAGGCAGUUUCUGGAAACUUUAAUGGAUUCAAUAAUACUAUCUAUUUUGUGCCAACAAAGGGAAAGAAAAGGUGAUGUUCAGGAGCACCUCAAUUUACUGAAAGAAAGAGUACUGAGAUGUUUCAGGACUUUAAAGGUGCCUCCACAGAAGCUGGGCAACCUGAAGAAUCUCUCGAACCUUCAGAUGGCGGAGAAACAAAUGCUAAAGGCAAAUGAAGAGUGUUUGGUACGAUUGCAGGAAGAAAUAAAUGAAGCUAAGCAAUCAGCAGACCGCAGGGAAGAAAACAUACAGCAACUGCAGUACAAAAUCCAGGUGCUCAAGAACCAGUUAGAGGAAGAUGAAAAAAAGGCCAAGAAGGUAUUCCAGGAAAAUGUCAGUGGAGCACUCCACCUUCCAAAACUCCCCAGGCGCAGUUUACAGGCACCCACUUUGCAGGAACAAAUUUUGAAGAUGGAAAAUCAGAAAGGUCUUUUAAAGGAUAUGAAUGCUAUUCAGCAGUCAGCUGACUUGAAGAACUUGUUAACCCUCAUUGAAAAGAUCUAUGAGAAGGUGGACUUCCUCUGAAAAACUGAAAUAUACAUAUAUAUAUAUCUCAAAUGGAAAGAAAAAUAGAAUUACCUGGUUUCUAUAUGGAGCCUCCUUUGAAGAAGAUAACCUGGGCUAGCACUCUGUGUUACUGUAGAGCAGCAGGAUGCUGAUCAUGGAAACAGUAUUUUCUUCUAGUAGUUUUACAGCUGUAACUGCUGAAUUUCUGUUUCUGUGAAUAUUGAUAUACAAAUAUGUAGAGGCAUUCUGCAACUGUAGUGAUUUAAGUGAUCGAUCCAGGUUUUGGGGUUGGGUUUCUUUUUUUGUACCUGUGAUGACUUCUAAUGAUACUACAUACUAUC